AUGAUUUUGCUAGGCCGUCUCAACGAGUACCAGGUUAUCGGGCGCCACUUGCCCACCGAGGCGAACCCGACGCCCAAGCUGUACCGCAUGCGCAUCUUCGCUCCUAACACAGUGGUUGCCAAGUCGCGCUUCUGGUACUUCCUCACCAAGUUGAAGAAGGUCAAGAAGGCCAACGGUGAAAUCGUCAGCCUCAACGUGAUCAACGAGAAGCGCCCCACCAAGGUCAAGAACUUCGGUAUCUGGUUGCGUUACGACUCUCGCUCUGGCACCCACAACAUGUACAAGGAGUUCCGCGAGCUCAGCCGAACUGAUGCCGUUGAGUCCCUCUACCAGGACAUGGCUGCCCGCCACCGUGCCCGAUUUGGCUCUAUUCACAUUCUCCGUGUCGUCGAGAUCCAGGACGCCGAGAGCAUCCGCCGCCCUUACAUCAAGCAGCUCCUCACCAAGGGCUUGAGCUUCCCUCUUCCCCACCGUGUUCCUCCCCAGUCCGGCAAGAAGGUCUUCGCCUACAAGCGUCCAUCCACGUUCGCAUAA